GCCAAAUAAUUACCCUCUCCCUUAUGUACAUGAUAUUUAGGAACACCCUGUAUACAAGAGGAAUAUCGAAAUGCACCAGCUGAAAGAUAAACAGCCCUCGCAGGUUCAAAUGUACGAGUGUGACUGCUGCAGUUUCGAAACUAAAUACAAGUUUCAUAUGAAACUUGUAUUACGACACCAACUGAAGCAUAAAAAUCCUUCGCCAGUCCAAACAUACAAGCGUAACGACUGCAGUUAUGAAACUAAAUACAGGAGCGGUAUUGGACGUCACAUGUUGAAGAGUCUUCAUAAAUGCAAACAUACUAGGCGUACUUUACUAGCAACCAAGCAUAAGGAGUCUGAGAAGACCACACUUGGUGCACAAAAAAAGAUUUGCAGGUGUGAAUUGUCCCCUUGUGUUUGCAGUGCAAAAUAUUGGCAAAAAUGGAGGCAUUUAAGAGCGACAAGUGUGGAUGUGACACCUAUCUUAACAACACGUCACUGCAGAGCUCCGAUAUGGUACCAUUCGAGGAGAGUGUCUGUAAAGAUGAAGCAGAGGAUGGAUGAACAAAUCUAUAAGUGUAAUGACUGUGAUUACGAAACUAAAUACAAGAAAGAUAUAGAAAAGCACCAACUGAAGCAUAAUGACCCUUUACAUGUUCAAAUAUACAGGUGUGAUGACUGUGAUUUCAAAACCGUAUACAAGAAGAAUAUCAAACGGCACCAAAUGAAACAUAAAGAUCCAUCACAGAUCCAAAUUUACAGAUGUAAUGACUGUGAAUACGAAACUAAAUACAAGGGAGAUAUCAAAGAGCACCAACUGAAGCAUAAUGAUCCUUCAGAGGUUCAAGUAUACAGGUGUAAUGAUUGCGAUUUCAAAACAAUAUACAAGAAGAAUGUCAAACGACACCAACUGAAACAUAAAGAUCCUUCGCAAGUUCAAAUUUACGGAUGUAAUGACUGUGAAUACGAAACUAAACACAAGGAAGAUAUCAAAAAGCACCAACUGAAGCAUGGUGAUCCUUCACAGCUUCAAAUGUACAAGUGUAACGACUGCGAUUUCAAAACUAAAUACACGAGGAAUAUGAAACGGCAUCAACUGAAACAUAAAUAUACUUCCCAGGUCCAAAUGUACAGGUGUAACGACUGUGAUUACAAAACUAAGUACAGGAAAGUUAUGAAAAAACACCAACUGAAGCAUAAUGAUCCUUCGCAAGUUCAAAUGUACAAGUGUAACGACUACGAUUACCAAACUGAAUACAAGGGGUUACAUGAAACGGCACCAACUGAAACAUAA